AUGAACCCUUCGCCGCAGAAGCUGGAAAUAAGAAGGCGACGGUUGUUGUCAAACCAAGCAUGGCGUAUCAAGGAGGAACGCUUGAGAUAUGAUCUAUAUAAAACAACAGGUGAUAUCAGAUAUGCAACACUGCAGGCCGCAAUUGGCAACUCGUUCAAGGAGCGUGAAAAGGAGUUGCAGCCGCCGUCGUUUCGCUCGGUGCUCGCUGAUUCCGAUGAACCAAGUGAAAAUGCAAAGCCGAAAGUUUUCGAUGCCGACUUGUAUAUUUUUUCGAAAGGAAAGUGGUGUUACGAUACUCCCGGGACAGUCAACAGUCAACAGGUUUUGGAUUUAUUCACGCUUGAUGAACUGAUUGCCGUUUUGCCACGAAGAAUGAUAUUGCCGCGCACAUUUAUCAUACAUCCGGAAGAAUCACUUCUGAUCGGUGGAGUGGCGCAGAUUGAUGUCCUGAGUCUGCCUUCAGUGUCCAAACCCAUAUCCGAUAAAGACUACGAAGGAAGGCGGCCAGGCGUUCUGUUGACAGUUUUUGCCAGCGAGCAGUUACCGAUCUUCGUGCGACAGACAUCUGAAGCUUCGGCUUUUCGUAAGCAGCAUUUGGGAAGCGCAGUUCUUGUUGUACCUUUUGGCAACGCUGAACGAAUUGCACGAUUUCCGGAUCUGGAACUUGUUGAAUUGACACUGAAAAGUUCUGGAUCAUCGAAAGGCUGCGGUGACAUUGUGCUCUCAUCACUUGGUUGGAUAUGUGUCACAUCUCGGCCUGGAGAAAUUCGCAUCCGUGCUCAUACGCCUGAAGGACGCGGUAUAUUUUUGCGGAAUCCCCCCAUUCUGCCACACUGUGCACAGUUGCGUGGUUCACGAAUAGGAAGUACGCCAGCUUAUAGAGUCAAGCAACCAACGAUGCCUGACCCAGAAGCAAAACAAAAGCGUCGCAGGAAAUUAUCGCGUAAAAAACGUUUUGGUUAA